CUCCUCCUAAAGUACCCAUAGUCCGUAUAGGACUACCCCACCCAUUCUUUCAAAUUAAAAUUUGUUCUGAAAAGCAUGCACCGUUUUUUUCUUUUGAAACAAUGUUGACAAAUAAAGUUAGUCAACUUUUGGAACACAUGCAGCUCAUUGGCAGUAAUCUACAUGAUGCCUUAUUCCCGCGGUAAAAUUUUCCAGACAACCCUCCACUUUUAACCAUUUAUGACUUGUGAUAUGUGACACAUUUAUUAAAAUUAGUGAGGACGAGUACAACGAAAUUUUUAAAAUGGAUUAUGUGUCCGAAACAGAAUUGGAGGGCGACACGGAGAUCGAGAUGGGUAUGAUAGAGGACGUCGUCUAUUCUCAGGAGUUUUUGCCAACCUAUGAGACUAUACCUGAGGGGGCAUCAGUGCCCAAAGUGGAGAAGGCUGAGUUCAACGGCAAAUCUGACUCUCUGUUCUUCAAUGAUGGGGUUAGACGGAUCGACUUUGUCUUAGUCUAUGAAGAUGAGGACAUGAAGGAGAUCGACAAGAAUAGAACGUUCCAGAAACGUAAACAACGGAGAGAGUACUUUGAGGCCAGCUUGAUGAAGAUGGGGAUGGAACUAGAGGCUGCCAGAUCUGUGGUAGAUGAGAAGCUGUUGUUCGUCAAGGUGCACAUGCCCUGGGACGUGCUAUGUACCUACGCCGAGGUCCUCCACAUCAAGCUGCCCAUUCAGCCCAAUGAUCUGUCCACCACGUCCUCACCCUUCAACUUCCUCAGCUGCAUCACCAGACACUUCUACCCCAGCGAGGACCUCAUAGCCAAGGAGACGGAGUACUUCACUGCCCCGUUCGAGAAGGACAGACUGGAGUACUUCUACGUGAAGGACCGGGACCUCUUCUUCACGCCGUCCAUGAGAAGUAGAAUGGCCUACUACAUCCUCAGCCGAGCCCCCUAUGAGGUGCGAGGGAACAUCAAGAAGUUUGGUGUCACCAAGCUGCUCGAUGGGGGGGUGUACAAGGCUGCUUAUCCCCUGCAUGAUUGCAGAUUCAACGUCAGGUCGAAGGAAGAUGAGUGCCCCAAUGAGAGAUACCUCCUGUAUAACGAGUGGGCUCACCCUAAAAGUUUCUAUAAGAUGCAGCCACUUGAUCUCAUAAGAAAGUAUUAUGGGGAGAAGAUUGGUAUUUACUUUGCUUGGCUGGGCUUCUAUACAGCCAUGCUGGCCCUCGCUGCCAUUGUUGGACUUGGCUGUUUCAUUUAUGGGUACACGACUCAAGAAACAAGCACUUGGAGCAAAGAGGUGUGCGACCCUUUGAUUGGAGGAAAUAUUGUGAUGUGUCCGCAGUGUGAUAAGGAGUGCACAUACUGGAGGCUCAACAGCACCUGUGAAUCUUCUAAAAAACUGUGCAUAUUUGAUAACUAUGGGACGCUGGUGUUUGCUGUCUUUAUGGCCAUUUGGGUGACCGUGUUUCUGGAGUUCUGGAAGCGCUACCAGGCAGAGCUGGAGUAUGAGUGGGACACCGUGGAGUUCCUGGAGCAGGAGGAGCAACCUCGUCCCGAGUAUGAGGCCAAGUGUAACCACGAGAGAAUCAACCCUGUCACACGGGCAAAAGAGAAAGUACCUUAUACAGCCUGUGGACGGUGUAUAAGAGUGUCUUUAGGAAUCGGGACCGUCUUAUUCUGGAUUGUGUUGAUCCUAGCGUCAGUGGUGGCCAUCAUCGUAUACCGACUGGCAGUGUUCUUCUCAUUUUCGACGAGACUCCAGUCUGACCUAAAGGAGCUCGAACCGUUUAAGGAGUAUGUGACCGCCCAAAUGGCCACCUCCGUCACUGCUUCUAUCAUCAGCUUCGUAGUAAUCAUGGUGCUCAACAUCCUGUAUGAGAGGGUUGCCAUCUGGAUCACUGACUUCGAGCUACCAAGGACCAAGACGGAUUAUGAGAACAGUCUGACUCUGAAGAUGUUCCUGUUCCAGUUUGUCAACUACUACUCCUCCUGCUUCUACAUUGCCUUUGCCAAAGGGAAAGUGGUUGGUUACCCUGGGCAACCUGUUUACCUGCUGGGCAAGUACAGGAAUGAGGAGUGUGAUCCAGGAGGAUGUCUGAUUGAGUUGACAACCCAGCUCACUGUCAUCAUGGGCGGUAAAGCCAUCUGGAAUAACAUUCAGGAGGUGUUGCUGCCGUGGAUGAAGAAUUUGAUAUUCCGCUACUGCACACGUGUGGGGUCUGAAAAGGUGAUUCCUCGCUGGGAGCAGGACUAUCAGCUGCAGCCCAUUGGGAAGCUGGGCCUCUUCUAUGAAUACCUGGAGAUGGUGAUCCAGUUUGGUUUUGUGACUCUGUUCGUGGCCUCCUUCCCCCUGGCUCCUGUCCUGGCUCUGGUCAAUAACCUCUUCGAGAUCCGGGUGGACGCCUGGAAGAUCAUCACCCAGUUCCGCCGCAUGGUUCCAGAGAAGGCGCAAGACAUCGGGGCGUGGCAACCCAUUCUCCAAGGUGUCGCCAUCUUGGCUGUGGCAUCAAAUGCCAUGAUCAUUGCCUUCACAUCAGACAUGAUCCCACGAUUGGUUUACUACUGGUCUUUCUCUGUGUAUCCCUAUGGAGAGCAUUCCAGUCACACCAUGCAGGGCUACAUCAACAACACGCUCUCUGUGUUUGACAUCCAGGACUUCUCCAACAAGAGCCGGCCCUUGCAAACACCUUACUGGUUCAAUAACAGCACCACCUGCAGAUAUCGAGAUUUCAGAUAUCCACCAGGACACCACAGACAAUAUGAAUACAGUAUCUACUACUGGCAUGUGAUAGCUGCCAAGAUGGCUUUCAUAAUAGUUGUAGAGCACAUUGUAUACCUGACCAAGUUCGUUCUGUCCUACGUGAUCCCGGACGUGCCUUAUACAGUGAGGGAACAGAUCAAACGAGAGAAGUACUUAAGCCAGGUCAUCCUUCACGAGACCAACCUCAAACUGGUGACCAAACGCUUAAAGCCUGUCGCUGAUAAGAUACUUAAACACAAUGAGGACAAGGAGGAGGAGAUUAUGGACCUUUACUUUUGAUCUCCGAAACUUUGUCAGAGAAGAGAGAGUCCUGCCUUUGUCAGGACCUACAAUAUUUACAAGUAUUGUGAGCAGCUAAAGAUGUAUUCAAUACAUGUUUUAAUAACUUUAAUUACUAUGAAUUAAUAGUAUUAGUAGCUUAAUAGCUUGGUGGGGACUACGACCAACCAAACCAGCCAUGAAGCUCAGCUCUGUUGCUCAGAUCUCUGCUUCAAUUGCAUAUUUAGCACUUUUAUGUCACUGAUUGUUACAGGUACACUGUUACAUUUAAUGUGUCUUGUAUUGAUAAAAUUAGGAUUCAAUGCCAUAUGUUUGACUGUAUGGUAAAUAUGGAAGAUUAUGAAUGACAACAAUACUUUUCUUCUUUAAACAAAACAUACAGAUUUUUAUACAAUUUGUGGCCUAGGACUAUCCAAACAUUUCUAAUACUCAAGGUGUGCUUGAUUUAGUCAGGAAUAAUUCCAAAAUCUCAAAUUGUGUUGACCAGGCAAGCCAUCAAGUAUGGAAGCUCGUUCCCGCCACCCAAGAAAAAAUAUCUGACUACGAGUUAUGAGAUGGUAAGGUAUAAUUAUGAGAUAGAAAGUUAUAAUUAUGAGAUAGAAUGUCUGGAUCGUGGACAUUGAAUAGUCCUGCAGGUCGACCCCUUUUAAAGGGGAAAUCUGGGAUUUGCACAAUAACAAAGCUCUCCCACCACAGCUAAGGAAUGGGGCAGGAGAAAUGUAACCAAUCUCAAAUACAUAGACACAAGGACUCACAUAUGGAUGCAAGGACUAACCAUCCAUGAGAUACAAAUUAUAUUUUUAACCAUGUGUUGAAGCUAUACUGUGUUUUUUUACAAUUACAUUGUUUACACACAAGAGUAAAACAAGCUUAUAUUUUGGGUUCUGAUUGGGUAAGACCGUUACUCCUUUCUAAGUUACAUUAUUGAAUAAUCAAUGGCUUUACACUGAGUGUACAAAACAUAUUUCCAUGACAUAGACUGACCAGGUGAAUCCAGGUGAAAGCUAUGAUUCCUUAUUGAUCUUACUUGUAAAACACACUUCAAUCAGUGUAGAUGAAGGGGAAGAGACAGGUUAAAGAAGGGUUUUUAUUGAGUCAUGGAUUGUGUAUGUGUGCCAUUCAGAGGGUUGAAAGGGCAAGACAAAAGAUUAAAGUGCCUUUGAAUGGAAUAUGGUAGUAGGUGCCAGGCGCAUUGGUUUGAGUUUCAAGAGCUUCAACGCUACUGGGUUUUUCAUGCUCAAUAGUUUCCCGUGUGUAUCAAGAAUGGUCCACCACCCAAAGGACAUCCAGCCAACUUGACACAACUGUGGAAAGCAUCGAAGUCAACAUGGGCCAGCACCCCUGUGGAACGCUUUCGACACCUUGUAGAGUCCAUGACACAACAAAUUGAGGCUGUUCUGAGGGCAAAAGGGAGGGCAACUCAAUAUUAGGAAGGUGUUCCUAAUGUUUUGUACAUAUUAAUUAAAUCUGAUGUCAACCAGAUGUCAUCAAACAGGCACCAAUUUACAUCAACAAAGCUCUUCAAUGCGCUAAUAUUGAACAAUAUCACCACAAUCUCUCUAUCUUAUCAAUAUUGACUAUAAGAUAUGCAUAAGGUUAUCCUUAGUUGAGAAGGGCCUGAUGCAAAGUGCACAUUGGAUUUAUGUGAUACAGAUCGCCUGAACGUAUCUCAUAAUAAUGACUUACUAUCAUAUAAUUAUGUCUUUCUAUCUCAUAACUCGUAGUCAGAUUUUAUUUUUGGGUGGCGGGAACGAGCUUCCAUACAUACUCAUGGUCACCUCAAGUAUUUACAGUACCAUUUUUGACCUAUGUAUUCGAUUUUAAGCAUUUUGAUAGAAGUCUAUCGCUUGAAUCAAUAUAUGUUGCUGUAUUAUAUUGUGCUUUUUUUAAACCAAAGGUAUAUAUGAACUUAGAAUCUGCCCCUGUGUACAAUAUUUGUUUAUCUAGUAUUUUGUCAAGUGUAUUGUAAUUUGUAUGUUAUUCCAAAUAAAAUCAAAAUUCUUUGUUUUAUAUAUAGAA